CAUCGUCUGAAUGCCACAGCCACAGUCACCAGAUCUGAAUCCAGUAGAACGCAUCUGGGAUGUGGUAGAACGGGAGAUGGGCAAAUGACAAACCUGCAGAAAUGAUGCGACUCAAUCAUGUCAACAUGGAGCAGAAUCUCAGAGGAAUGUUUCCAACAUCUUGUGGAAUCAACGCCACAAGGAACUGAGGCUGUUUUGGGAGCAAAGGGAAGCUCUAACCAGUAUUAGUAUGAAAGUCAGCCUGCAGUUCCGUCUCAGCCCAUCGGGGGGCAGCACGACCACAAACUACCGACUGUGCCGGAGGAAGCAAAUCGAAACUCCUCAAUGAGUUCACCUUCAGAUAAAUAGUUUGUCCCCCCCCUCCCCUGCCUUUCUCUGGAGACCUAUUUUAAUCGUUUGGUGUCUUGACAAAAUGAAUGGCUCUCUGCACUCCUCGUCCAGCGUGGUGGACAUAAAACUGAAGCGGGGACCGGCAGGCUUGGGCUUCAAUAUAAUUGGGGGCGUGGACCAGCAGUAUGUUGUGAAUGACAGUGGCAUAUAUGUGUCCAAAAUAAAAGAAGAUGGAGCUGCAGCGUUGGAUGGAAGACUCCAGGAGGGGGACAAGAUCCUGGCGAUCAAUGGUGUCAAGCUGGAGGAUCGGACACAUAAAGCUGCAGUGGAGUUGUUCAGAACAGCAGGGGAGGACGUGGAGCUCCGUGUUCUGAAAAAGUACUGGAUAAACGAAUACACUUCCAAUCUGGGUAUUGGAGUCUUCCACUCAGGCAUUGAGAUUUAUGGCAGAGAAUUUGCAUACGGGGGUCACCCAUACCCUUUCAGUGGCAUCUUCGAAAUCAACCCCGGCAAUGCUGCUGAACUGGGAGAGACGUUCAAAUUCAAAGAGGCCAUUGUUUUGGGCACCACAGACUUCGCAGAGGAGGACAUAGAUAAAAUAAUGGAGGAGCUCGGUAAAGAGUUCAAAGGGAACGCCUACCAUCUAAUGCACAAAAACUGCAACCACUUCUCCUCCUCGCUGUCUGAGCUGUUGUGUGGACGUGAAAUCCCUCGCUGGGUGAACAGACUGGCAUACUUCAGCUCCUGCAUCCCCUUCCUGCAGAGCUGCCUGCCCAAGGAGUGGUUAACCCCGGCCGCCCUGCAGAGCCACAUCAGCCUCGGCCUCCACAAAGAGGAGCACAACGAGUCCAGCGACGAGGACCCCACGUCCCCGCCCGGUGCUGCGGCCACCGGCUCCUCCCACAGCUGUCGCCACACGAGGGUGUGAACUGCCCCCACAAACACACUGACCUCUGGACCUUCCUGCCACCGCUGCUAGUGGCUCAAGUGGCAUUAGUAGGCUUGAACAACCACCUGACCUCAUACUGUUUGUCCUCUGAGUAAAGAGGCAGGAAAAGAAGAGUCUUCUCUUCAUGAAGAGAGCUGCAGCCGGAGACUUCAGACCUACAGCACAGAGACCCUGCUGUCCUUUCUACGGAUGACGGGAUGACAGAGGCAAACUUUGACCUGAGCACUGAAGCGUAGCUCAGACCAGUUGUAGAUCUGAAGUUUGUAGUACGUUAUUACUAGUCUUUUCCAUGAACUUUUAAACCUUUGUCAGCCUUGUUCCCUGCCUUCAGAGCUGCUUUUGUAGAAUAACUAGAUAGACACCUGAGACUACUGAUAGUAACAUUACGAGGAAACCGCUAAUCUGCUCAAUUUCAACAAGUUCUCGUUCAAUAACCUCUAUGUGGCCUUCAGUUGAUAUUGUUGACUCUGCUUUCUUUGUGUGGAGCUUUAAUAGUUUACUUUGGCCAUUUUAGAAGGUUAGCGGGGUAGAGAGGAUUUGACUGUUCCCUGAGUUCAAAUGUUGCAUGUUGAAAGAAUUUGAUAAAACAUCAAACCAGACUGAGACGCCACACUUCUGAUCAUAUCGGCAAGUAUUUCUUCUCCUUUCCCUUUUGUAAAAGAAACGAUCUUAACUGGGACUCAUUUUAAACAUUUAGCUGCCAGUGUAACCAGUUCACCGACAGUGAAACAAUCAAGGGCAAAUACUGUUCAGUUUAGAUUUUCGCUGUUCAUACAGCCUCGGGCAGCCCCGUCACUAUCUGUGAACAUCUCAGAGACACAAACACAAAGAAAGUCAAGCUGCUACACUGACUAUUAUUUACUUUGUGACCCAGUACAAUUUUUGUCUACGCUUUUAUAUCCAAAUGGUAUUUAUAUUAUAAUGGUGCGAGAACUUCCAAGCUGGGAAAUGUACAUCUACACCCAGAGAUUGUUCCUGGGUAGCACUGGUCUAAUCAUUUUCUUCAACAUUAAACUGGUGAAGACUGAGCUUUCAUGAGAAAGAAAAGCAGAAACUUCAGUUUUUCCCCUUUACAUUACAGUAAUCCUUAAGGGAAAAGAUCAACAUUUCGGGAAGUGCGUUAAUUUUCUUAGACGAGAAGAUCGAUAGCACUCUCUGGUACGGUAAAUAUUAAGCUAAAGCCAGCAGUCGGUUAGCUUAGCUUAGCAUAAAGACUGGAAACAAGGGGAAACAGCUAGCCUACCUCUGUCCAAAGGUAACAAAAUCUGCCUACCAGCACCUGUAAACAUCGCAAAUUGGCAUGUUCCCAUAUCCCAAAUCAGUCUUCUCUAACUAACAAGAACGAGCAUUUCCCAAAAUGACAAAUUAAGGCCCUAUUUUUAUGUUUGAUUUAUUUCAACUGUGAACUGAACGGUGACAUGUUUACAGAUAUGAAGCUUUUCAAGGAUAGAGAACAAACCAUUUUAUGAAAUGACUCAUAAUGUCGGAGGUUGUCUUUGUUGCAGUGAGAAGAUCAGAUUAUCGUGAUGGGAAAAUAUGAUGUCAUGAAGUUAUUUGUAAUCAUUGUGGAUUUAGCAUAAUACAGUCCGGUAAAAAAAACAAAAAACAAAACAUUAAUGCUUAUUUCCCCCUCUGAUACUGACGAUGGUGGUGAUUAUAAGGGAUAAUGAUGACAAACAUCGGCUCAGUGUUGCUUGCUUUUCUUAAUGUAAGAGUUCAGUAAACGGGGCCGCAUGUGAUUUGAAUCUUUUCCCAUCCCUCCUGCUGUAGUGUGUUCAUUAACACUACCCUUUCUCAGGAUGGAAAUCACAUGACUUGCAAUAGUGCCAUCUCGUUCCUGCCGAACAGCUUGUCAAACGCGGCUGAAGGUUCAAAUGAAUCAUUUGACUUCCUCUUCAUCUGCUUAAAUAAGCUAUAUCCUUAUUUAUUUUUGAUGUAGUCCUACAUUUCACCAAGUGUAUCGUGUUCAGAUUCUUUGGUAUAUUUUGAGUUGACGGGGGCUGUACAGUUAUUAGUAUUCUACGCUCAAAAGUCUUUGGCACUUUCUACAGAGCAAACCAGACAUGUAUUUUUUUCUAUUGUACUGUGUCAACCUUAACCUUGUAUUUCCUUUUCCUAACCCAAGACAAUUUCAAGAAUGAUGAUAUAGUACUAGAAUAAAGAGA